CGGCUCCUUCCUCCGGCCGUCCCUCCCACGUUUUCUUCCCUUCCGUCCGAGGGCAAGUAAGCGCUGACGUGGCGGCCGCCACCCCAAGUCCCACGCUGCUGCUGCCGCCUGCUGAGCGGUGGGCCCCGCGCUGCAGGUCUCUGCCUUGGUUGCCAAGGAAAGACGGGAGGGUCCAGACCGGUUCUCCUGCCCAGCCCAAGCCUUCUCUCGCACACCACACCGCCUCUCUCUCUCUCUCUCUCUCUCUCUCUCUCUCUCUCUCUCUCUCUCUCCCUCCCAAAUUACCCAACCGCCUUAACUCCCCUCUAUAAAACCCUCUCGCGGCCUUUCUCUCUUCUUCGGUUCCUCCCCUUAUUACAGAGCGACCAGAGCGCCCGGCCCGACCCGACCCGACCCCCCCGUUGGCUUGGAUUGGAUUCGAUUCGAUGCUUGUGGCCUCCGCCCUGCCAACAAUCGGCUGCUGAAGUCGUCGUCGUCGUCGUCCCGAGAGAUCGAGAUGGCGGACCUCGCCGCCGCGCCCUCGCCCCCUCCCACUCCCGUCCUGCCGGUGCUCUUCGUCGACGGCGACCGCACCGUCGACCUCGGCACCGUCACCGUGCAGCCGUCGCUCGGCGUCAAGAAGCUGCAGGCCCUCGUGGCCGACCGCGUCGGCGUCGCGCCGCACCAGAUCUCGGCCACGCUCGCGCGCCCACGGCGCGCGCGCCGCGUGCCCCUCGAGGAGGGCGCGGACCUCGCCGCCGCCGUCGCGCGCGAGGGCUCCGGCUGCUACGUCCUCGCCUCCCUCCGCCGCGCGCGCCGCGAGCGCCGGGGCGGCCGCGCCCGCCGCGACAAGCACAAGGCCUCCGCCGCGGACGCCGCUCCCCCGCCCGAGAAGACCAUCCUCAAGCGCCUCCCGCCCACGGAUCUGGCGUCCCUGGUGCCCCCCGCCGCCAUGUUCGGCGGCUGGGACUACGAGGCGCAGCUGCGGGAGCUGCAGCGGCAGCGCGACUGGUACCUCAUGAGCACCGCCGCGGCGGCGGAUCCGUACCUCCUCCCGCUGGAGGACCCGCCCAUGUGGUCCCCGCGGCCGCCGUGCCCCGAGUGCGAGGCGGCGGCCGCGGCCAUGCUCCAGCCGCCCUUCCACUGGUGCGUGCGCGACGCCGUGGUCACCGCCGGGUUCCGCUCGCACGUGGGCCCGAUCGAGCGCCCGGCGAGGAAGUCCCCCUCCCCGCCGCCCCCGCCGCCGAGCCCCGGACGCCUGCCGGGGCUCCUCGGCAUGCCCGUCUACUGAUUGAUUACCAGCUGCUUCUUCCCCCCGCGGAAAUUGUAAACAAAUCAAGCUGGAAAUGGUCGACGAGGUUGCGUGUGAAGCUUGUGCGCAUCGCGGCGGCGGAGGAAGAGGAUUUUUGGAGGAGGUAGCCUAGUAGCAGCAUCCUGUUUCCUCUGUGGAAGAGGAACGCAAGUCAGAUGCGGCCACCGGUGGUGUGGGUGUGGGAACGAGUCUUCUGGCACUAGAAAAUUGGAUGCUCUUUUUUUAUUUUUAUUUAUUUUGCUAUGUGGCUGUGGUGGUGCCCGAGCAAUGUGGCCUGGGCGAGUCCACAUAUUGGGCCAACAUUUCAUUUGUGGACCCGUCUUUUGUUUUUCUUCUCUUUUGCAUUGUGGAGAGAGAGAGAGAGGGGGAAGGGAGAGCAAUUAAUUUGUUUCUGGUAUAUCGAAGCGGUAUAUGCAGAGUUUCUACUAUGUGGUGUCA